GAGGGCGCUGUGAAAUCGUGGAAGUUCGUGCGUUAAAAGGCAAAUGGCCGGCGCAGCGCGUGCGAGCGGGAUACGUGUACGACGACGAAGUACACAUCGCGCUGUGUAGUUCGAUGAUGUGUAACGAGUAAUGUUAAGUGUACGGGACGGUUAGUGAAUACCGUGUAAAUAAACGUGAUGCGAGGGGCCUUACGUUCUAGGCCAUGUAAGACCGGUCUGUUGGUAGGCCGGCGAUGACCACUGAGAAUCCCCCGAGCGCGGUGAUGAAAUCCGUGUCGGAGGGCGAGCUGGGCGUGGAAGAGGUUGUUAAAUCAUACGAAACCAAAUCCCGAGACUCUAGCUCGAGGCUGAAGCGAACCUUCACGCUUCCGAGGAAUUUAUUUCUAAGUGCCACAAGAAUGUCGAAGCGUCGAACGAAUAAAAGUCGUGAUUCUAAAGACGUUAGCGGCGCUGUCAGUGGAAAAGAUAACUCUAAAAACAACGUGCAACAGCAACAACAGCAACAAUAUAAUACGGUUGAUAACAGCAUGCAGCAGAACGUGGGAAGAUUGCAUUGUGGAAAUAACCAGCAGGCAUACCAUCAAGAGAAAUCUGCCAGCAAGAAAGUAUUCGUAAUGUCAUCCUGGAGGAAGUUUAUUAAGAUUAUGCAACAAAUGUCGAACGUAGGUACGCAAAACAAAAGCUCUCACAGGGAUGAGCUUGGCUCUAGUGCGACUGAUAUUCGAGUGCCACCACCGAGACCAGCACACAUUCCAGCGGACAGAGUACCCGGCGUUAUAGGUCUGCGCAAUCACGGCAACACGUGCUUCAUGAACGCUGUACUCCAGUGUCUAUCACACACGGACAUAAUAGCCGAAUAUUUCGUUCUUGACCAAUACAAAGUUGAUCUAUCGCGACGUAACAAACUUAAUUCGAAGAAGUACGGCACCAAGGGUGAAAUUACCGAACAGCUAGCUUUACUUCUAAAAGCAAUCUGGAGUUGCCAAUAUGACCCAGAAAUGAGUACUGCUUUUAAGAGUGUUGUUGAUAAAUACGGUAGUCAGUAUCGUGGUAAUCUUCAACACGAUGCCCAAGAAUUCCUUCUCUGGCUCCUUGACAAGGUUCAUGAGGAUCUCAAUCAAGCUACCAAAAAGAAGUACAAGAUCAUAAAGAAUUCUUUUGGCAGACCCGACGACGUCGUAGCUGCUGAAACUUUAGCGAACCACCUUCGUUGUAACAAUUCUUUCGUUCAUGCCGUAUUCCAGGCACAAUUUCGAUCUAGUCUUACGUGUCCGAGAUGUCAUCGGCAAUCAAACACGUUUGAUCCAUUUCUUUGCGUGUCGGUACCAGUCCCACAAAAUCAUCGGCAAAUGAAUCUCUUUGUAAACGUUCUCUACACGUCUCAACAACCAAGACAAGUUAAGAUUGGCGUCAGCGUGAAUCAAGCUGCGAACGUGAGAGAACUCAGAGAAAUUUUAGCAAGCGAUACUGGCAUUGAAGAGAAUCAUAUGUUGCUUACUGAAGUUCAUGACGAAGGAUUUCAUAGGACAUUCUCUGAUUGCCAACCAUUGUCUGUGAUCACAGAAAACGAUCCUCUUUAUUGUAUAGAACUACCACAGUUGAAGGAACCUGCUGAGCAAGCAUAUAUUUUAUUGGUAUGGAUCAACGUUCUUGUAAAGGGUGACCUGAGGCAACGCUUUGGUAGCCCUUACACAAUGCAGGUUUCUCGGGAGACUUCUUACGAAGAUCUCCAGAAACUUUUGCUCAAGGAAAUGCAUAGUACCUUGACCGAUGAUGUCUUAACAUCCAGUCAAAAUCCAGGAUUAUUUAAUAUUCGUGUUGCUGAUCCAGCAGCAACACCUAUUCAAGACGAACAUCCAUGCAUCGAUCCGUGCGUUGAACAUCCACUUUAUACGGAACAAAUCGAACAAGCAUUAGCACUCUGUGCCGAUGAUUCCGGUCCUCAACAUGUUAAAUUGAUUCUCGAAUGGGACGAGGCUACGAAGAAUAAUAUCAUUCAAGAUGACAGUGAUCAGAUCGAAGAGCACGCCAGUGUGAAACAAUUGAAGACUAAUUCAGAGUUAGGCGGUGCGGUCACGCUCGAAGAAUGUUUUGAUCUUUAUACAAGAGCAGAGACGUUAGGAGCUGAAGAUGCUUGGCAUUGCCCAUAUUGUAAUAAGAAGCAAGAAGUCGUGAAGAAGCUAGGACUUUGGUCUUUGCCUGAUAUCUUAGUAAUACAUUUGAAAAGAUUUCGUCAACAAUCGAAACAAAGAUCGACAUCGAAAUUAACAAUGCUCGUAGAUUUCCCACUUUAUGGUUUUGAUAUGACUCCUCAUCUUGCUCAUAGUGGAGUACAAACACAUAAUAACGUUCCUACCCUUGGAGGCUUAGGUUGGUCUCCAUGGAAAAAGCCAAGGCCACGACAUCAAAGUAUUCCCAAAUACGAUGAGAAUGUUUAUGAUCUCUAUGCUAUUUGUAAUCACCAUGGGCAAGAUCUUCAGGGUGGUCAUUAUACCGCAUUUUGUAGAAAUCCAUACGACACUCAAUGGUAUUGCUUCGAUGAUACAAGAGUCGAAGCUGUAAAUGAUACGAAUCUUAUAACGAAUGCAGCUUACAUGUUAUUUUAUCAACGAAGAGGAUUGACUAGUAACUCUACUGGAAAUUCCUCUGCGGCUUCGACAAGUUCGGCGGGCUCGGGUCUAGAUCAUUGGGUCUCUAAGAUGCCACCGUUUUAUUUUAAUAAUAAAACUAGUUGUAACGUCACAAAUAAUAAACAAAGUAAGUCGCAGGAAAUAUUGUGCCAGGAAAAAAUUGUUGAAGAGAAGAAUAUGAAUAAUUUUAAUAGAGGCUCUCGUAAUUAUGCAACUCUACAGCCAAAGAAGCGAAACGUGGCAACCGAAACGGAUGCUGGAAAUAUUGAUCAUUGUUCGGAUGAUGAAGCCCCUUGUAGAAGAGAAUGGGCUUCACCAAAACCCGUUAGGAAAACAUCUUCUAUCACGUUGACGCCUCAUGUACCAGUAGCAAUAAUUCAAAAUUCUAAUAGUAAUCCAGAUACAACGGUGAUCCAUGAAUCGACAUUGUAACAUACAAUGUAAGCCAGAUUUUGUCUGGCUUCGAGCGUCGUUUAAUGUUCAGUGCCUGGAAUGUUGUAUACUCGUGAGUUUCAUUAGAAAAUGAUUGAUAUAACAGAAGACUAUUUGAUAGAACUUAAUAAAUACAUAUUUAAAUUCCUUGUUAAGAGAGUGUUCGAGAUGAAUGAUAGGUGUCCUAGCAGAUGAACACUACUAAUCUUUCAUUCUGAAUUUAUAUACAGUGCUUUUUCGUACAGAAGUCGCGAAAGCUGUGAGGGAUCUCAAGAGUUCUGCUCUUCUUUUUUGAUGUUAUUUCUACAAUCUUCUAUAUAAAAGAGUUUGAGAAAAAGAGUGUGGGUUUUUCAAAUGGAUAAAAUGUCAAGCAUUAGUGAUUUUUGUAUUUAUAAUGAUAAUAAUAAUAAUAAUAUUAAUAAUAAUAAUAACGUUUGUAUACAGUUCGCGUGAAAUGUAUUAUAUACAGUGUAAUUAUUAUUAGGAUAAUUUUUAAAAACUGUUGUUAUAUCGCGUUUCAAGAACUGCAACAACAACAAGAAAAUAAGAAAAAGAAAUAAAUCCCUCUUAUAAGUCAUUUACCAUUUAUACUUAGAUUUUCAAUACGAUAGAUAAUAGAAACACAUGUAUGUCCAAAAAGGAUGAAGAAAAUUUUCCUAAAGCAAUUUUAUGUAAUUUCGAAUCGCAAUGCAUAUAUGUGAUAGUCAUAAAUGCGAUCUCGUGUAUGAUAGUCUCAUAUCACGUUAUCAUAGGAUGAAAAUUUGACAAUAAGAGGAUUCUGUGUGCCACAGAAUUCAUUUAUUACAAUCGCUUCAUUUCUUUAUAAAUCUUUCCUGGACAUAAUGUGUAAAUUGCUGAACAUUGCUUUUGAGUCUGUGCUUAGCUGUAAUAUUUAUAUUAUAUUUGUAAUAUCCACUAGUGGCCUUAACUCUGUAAUUAUCUAUCGAUGCAUCAUUAUUUGCAAUCAUAUAAACAUAAUCAAUUUCUCUGAGAAUUUUAUAUUAGAUACCUCUAGAUUAUUAUUUUAUAAAAGCCAUUAGGCAAUUGUAAACUUUAAAUAUCAUUUUGCCGAUAGGCCAAUUUGUAACUAACUUCAACAUCAUUUUGCCGAUAUAUAUAUAUAUAUAUAUAUAUAUAUAUUCGUCGUUUAUUGAGAAAUAUUUUAUACUUCCGGUCAUAAUUCGAGUUCUUCCAACGACUGGCCAAACAAUCAAGUAUCAAUUAUAUCGAAAGAAAAUAAUUCUCGGCAAAAUAACUACUUUUCUCCGGACGACGUUAAAAUAAUCAUUUCUUUUAUAUGUAGUUAUUUUUAAUUCCUUCGUUGUUUAAAAAUACUCUGUCCUCCUAUUUUUAACGAUCAUUCCAAAUAGUCGUUUAGUACGGAGCAAAGGAGAGUAAAAAUUAUGAAAGUGAGAAAAAGAUAUAUAUAUUUAAAUAUAUGUAUGUAUGUAGGUGUGUGUAUAUGCGUAUAUGUAUAUUAAAGAUUCGUAUAUUCACACACGCACAUAACUAUAGUGAGUGAAAAAUAUUUAAGUUAUUUUAAAAUAACAUUUAUAACUAGUCACACAUAUUGUGGACAAAGGUAGCAAUUGCGCGCGUCACUAAUGUAGAAAAAAAUAAAAGAAUAAUAUUAUAUAAUGAAGAAUAAUGUAUUCAGAAAUGGAACAAUGAGAUUGACUAAAGCUAUCUAUAAUUAUGAUUUUAGAAGUUGUGUAUUCAUGUUAACCGACUGAGGGAUAUUUAUAAUUAUUCAUAUUAUUGCUAUAAUUUUGUUAAAAUAAAUAGAGAAUAUAUAUGUACAGUAGGGUAUGCCAUUCCAUUUUAAGCACGCUAUAUUUUUCUGCGUUCUACAAUUUAUCUUAAACUCUCUUACACUUUUUUCUCUAGACACAACCGUAGCACGAUUAUCACACGUUAUAAUGAAAAGAAAAUUGUGCUUUCUUUCGAUAAUUUGUUACGUAACUACGAUUCUUUAUACUUUCGAAUAUGUUUUCACGAGGAAAAAAGGAACAUACAAAAAAUUGCAUAUCCUGCAUGCGGAUUGAAGGAAAGAAAAAGAAAACAGCAAAGAAAUUAACCAAAUUUUUCGCUAGUCUAAUAUUAUUCUGGUAUAAAAUGUGACAAAAUAUAAAAGUGAAUUCGUUACGAAAUGAAUUGAAAAUAAAAAGCAGAUGAAGAAAA